UUCGCGUCUGUGUGUUCGCAUGCACGACGCGUAGCCGAUCGUCCGUGCAGCAUUUCAACUUGAGCACUGCGGUCAAAGAUUUCAACAUCUGAAAACAAGUCGUAGUGUCGUCCGAUUUCAAGGGAAAUCACWGYAAAAAUGCCCAGGAAAGCGAUGAAGGUUAUAGUUGAAGUGGAUGUCCAUACCGUCACUUGUCCAGGGACAUUUCUACGAGAUUAUGGCUAUGUUUAUUUGAAAGUCAAUUGCAUGGGUUUAGAAGUGAAUACAAAGUCUGUACCACCAACAUUUCCUGUGUUUCUUCACGAAAGAUUACGCUUCGAACGGGUUUUCAGAAGCUGUCAAGAUCCCGCUUACGUCUCAAUCCAUCUAAAAGGCGAGGAUGUACUGGUUGARCUUCGACAACACGAUGACUACAUCUCUGAUGGUUAUGUCAUUGGUCACUAUGCCAACAAUGCAAGAGACUUUUUGUACCCUGCCGUGACCCCAUACCCUGGAACUGGCAGAGAAGUGACAUUGUUUAAGACAUCCCUUUUUAACCCUAUUCGAAUAACGGGACAACCACUCCGACUAGAAUUCUCCACAAAAACAACAAUCAAGGAAGUUCCUGAUCCUGAUGACUUUAUAUCAUCUGAUUCUGGGAUGGAAGAAGGCUUUACAGACAGUUUAUUUAAAACCAGUCGCAGGUCCCUGAGCCCAACAAGAUCAAGAACGCGCUCCCCUUCGCCAACCCGACGCCAGCUUUCAAGCACCCCUAGAGUAGAUGAUACUUUAGCUAACCAUAAAGACAAAUUUWUAGUUCGUCAAAAAGACAAUAAGUUGUUGGAAAAUCGUGACUUUACUUCUUUUACUCGUCCAAAGCCUCGACGAAGCAGAUCMAAGUCACCAACUCGUAGACCACGUUCAACAUCACCAACAAGACUUGGGCAGUCUUCAAGACUUGGAAUGUCUGCUGUGGAACCGCUGCCUUCCUGGAAGUAUUCCGAAGAUUUCCCAUCCAUGUCCUCAACGCGCAAACAUAAUCGCUCUUCAACAGCRCCAUUAUCAUUAAGCUAUUCUGCUCGGCCCUCUAGUCCAUCUCGAAGCUUGCACUAUGCCCUUGACGAUUUAAAUGUGACUGCUAGUUCAAAGAAAUUCAGUGAUCCAUUAUUGCGCUUCAAGACACGUUAUUCUCCAAAUCUCAAAGCCGCCCUAGGAGCGUCAGACCGCAUCCAAGAAAGAGUGGAGAGAAUACUGGAUACUAAAGAUAGAAGCUUUACGCAACCUGAUUCAGAUAAUGAAAGUGUUGAUUCACUAGACAUUCUUAGAGAUUCGCUAAGGGAAGAAAGAAGAGCGAUCAGUGAUGCUAUUCGUGAAGCUGAUAGAGCAGCAUAUUACAAGUCCCUUGGCAUUGACCUCUGAKGAAGUGUGGACAGUGUUCCGGUUUUCAGUCUCCACAGGAAUCCCAAGGACUAGUGUGUACAAAAAUCAUGUUUUACAUGUGUUUUCAACGAAGUUUCAAAUAAAGGGCAUUAGGACGACCUUUAUUAUUUCUUUGUGACAAAUAUAUAUAAAUAUAUACAUAUGCUAGGUAGACCAUAAAUUCSUUUAAGGAUUUUUAAGAGACGCCAAGGCCUGGGUCAAACGUCGAACUUAAUUCUUGCAGUUCAAAAGGUUCUAUUUUGUGAAAGCAAAAGACAUAGUUUCAACUUAUUUCUAUCAGAAAAAGACAUUGAGUCGCUCUUUUGCUUUACUUUUGUUGUAAUAAUUUAUGCUUUCCAAUUCUCAUAAAUUUGGAGGCGUCGCACCUUGUUUUUUUGAAACAAUAUUUUCUUUCUUGAACUAUUAUUAGGCACUAAACAUUUAAUGGAACGGAAUCAAAUUCAACGUUUGACCUUGGACUAAGGGCUAUUUUAAAUAUAUCAGAAUCGUGAUAUGCCAAUUUCACUGCAAAAGAUAUGAAUGGAAGAGACAAAGUUUGGAGUAACGUUCAGUAAAUAGUCUCAUUUGCAUCUCCCUGCGACAUUUUUCAUAUUCUGAUGGAGCUGGAAAUUGCGUGAAGAAACGCAUGUGAGAUUUGGAGUAUGAAACAGGCAUUAGUGAAUCUGGCAGAACUUAAAUGUGCUUAUUCUAAUAAAAGUAAUGGCAAAAGGCAAUGUGCUGCGACGCCAUUUUGUUCGAGAAAGCACGAUGGCAGUUGUAAAUAUCCUGUAACAAAACCUCUCUAAAAGCCGUUCUUAUGUUUUCUUUGUAGAAGCAGCACAAAUACUUCUAUUUCUACAAGGAAAAAGUCAAAACGGCUUAGCUAGACUGUUUAAUUUAGCAGACAUGAGAAGUUCAAGGACUUUUACUCCAAUAAUGCUUUGUUGCACAACAUGGCGUCACUGCGCAUUGCUAUCGUAAAUUUCUAAUAUAAGUAAAUGUAUGUAUUUAAGAGAUGAUGUUUUCAGUUCGAGGAUUUGCUCUUUCUAGUUUUAGUUUUUAUUAUCAUUKUUGAUCGAGUUUAUUGCGAAUAUUAACUUCAAACAUCCCUCUCGUGAACCUGCAAUGUCUUGCAAGAAUUUCUAAUGUAAAAAGGUUUAUUAAAAGUGAAAAAGAUACGAUGUAUCUUCUCUUCMAGUUCAGUCUAGUCUAGCAUUUUUAUAUUUUAGUUAUUUAAGUACUGUCUUCUAUUAUUUUUUUAACGAAAAUUGACUAGUAACCAAGUCUUUCUCAGCUAUAUACAAAUUGGCGCGAAGUCRAGAAGCAGCGACCAUCCUAAUAUGGUCUUCUAAACCUUAUAUAGAUAGCUAUUUCAAUUCAUAAUAGUGUGCUGUAUGUGAUGUCAGAUUCUUAAAGGUUUUUUUUAUAAUAUUAAACUCAAAAAACAGGGAAA